AGCGCGCGCGCUGUCAUAGUGAGAGGAUGUGCGCUGCUCCGUCUCUGAAAACCCAGUGAUAUCACAUCCAUUAAAUCCUUCAAAAUUAUUGUAUAUAAAUAUGUGUGUUUGAAAAGUUUAACUAUGUGAUAUAUAAGAACAGAGUUAAUGUGAGGUGGAAGAAGAUUAUGAGAGUUGUUAAGGUGAACUAUGAGCCAGAGUUACGAGUGAGAGGUGAAUAGUGAGGUGGAAUCAUGACUCCACUGUUGUUAAACUCUCGUUCACGCCGAACUCUGAAUUAUUCUCUCCGUUAUAUUUACUCCGCCUUUGUCCGUACCCGCCCCUUUGCUCCACAGAACCGUCGCCCAUCUGCCAUUCCGCCCACGCCCACGCCAGGGAUAUGGGGUGACUGUGGGCGUGGUUUGGGUGUGCUGGUGUACCGCAGUGUGGUGGUGUGGGCAGUGUUGGGCGUAGCUUAUGUGGUGGGCGUCGUGGCUGGACCCAUAGCAGGGGCAGCUGUGUCCUCCUCCCUGCUGGUCGCUGCUGUUACCUCACUCCUCACUGGUUUCUGCUACGUGGAGCUGGUGUCGUGGAGUGGUCAGUGUUCAGGUCAGGUGUAUACUGUCACCUACCAGCUGGUGGGGGAGCUGCCUGCCUUCACCCUGGAUAUCAACACCCUCUUUACUGCCUCCACCCUGGCAGCCGUCACAAGUCCCUGUGGUUCUACGAUGCAUACAUUAAUGCCUUGCAUCAUACGUGACGUCUUCGGCAUCCCCAAUGAAGAAUUAUAUGGCGUAGCGCUGAAUGGGAUGACGAGGAUAUUUGUGAAAUUCGUGAAUGCCGGCUUCUACUCAAAGAUUGUACAAACCUAUCAAGAAAGGAGGAUGGUGGUGAUUACGGCUGUGGAGGCUGAGGCCGUUGUGCCUGAGUCUGGUACCUCUGAGGGGCACAGUUCUAAGCUUUGGAGUGACAAGAUGAAUGAACAGGACAUGCAAUCUUCCAUGUGUGCCACCCUGUCAGUGGAUGCCACAACCGUGCCCACGAUUUCUGUGGUUCCUGUGAGUUCUGAGGUUUUGCCACAGGUUAGGUUGAUGGAGGACGUGUUGCAUGAUCUCCUGGAUGGGACAGUGUGUGGUCCUGAUGAUUCACCAGCGUGUUGUGAGUUAACGACGGAGGAAUCUCCUAACAUGGAGUUGCAAGACAACGCCACGGUUGUAAGGAAGCAUGAGGUGGUGGUGGAGGUUCACCAGGAGGAGGAGUCUGGUGAGGAGAUGUAUGUGGAGGGCAGCUCUUGCAAAAGGUCGGCGGGUGCGUCGGACAUGGACGAGGUCUUAACACCAGGCCAGCGUCUGGGGAAGAAAUCGUGGGCGAAAGUGGCUGAGAUGCCCUUCACAGAAGGGGUAGUUGCAAGGUCCCAGCAUAUGGGUAAAGCUCGGGGGGAGGGAGGUAUUGAGAAGACGACUGCCAAAGUAGGGCAGUCAAAGAUACGUGUGGGAACGGGAAAGACCCACAAACAUAGAGGAAAACCUUUUUUCCCUGUAAUUUCCUGUAUUCCGUGUGUCACCAUCAAUGCCAAUGGCCUGAGAAUGGAGGUUAAGAAAGUGUGGAUGGAGUGGUUUCUGAGACGUUAUGACGUGGAUGUAUGCUUUCUGCAGGAACACAAUUACAAGUUUGGCGGAGAGUUACGAUUGAAAGGUUUAUCGCAUCUGCUGGCUGGUGCUGCUGUCUGCAUGGUGCUUUACACUGGCUUCUACGAGACAGGUCGCCUGGCCAAGCAGCAGCCUCGUCCACACACAGCCAUGGCUCUCGCUCUCUCCCUCGCCACUGGUAUAGUCUUCCUGGCCUCCUUCGCCCUGGGCAUUGUUCUCACCCUCAUGACGGGCAACGUGAUACCUCCUGAAGGCGCACCUCUCAUCCAGGCGCUGGAGCGUCGUGAUGUUGGCUGGGCAAGACUCGUACUUGGGUCGUUCCAGGUAGUGAUGCUGUGUCUGGCGUUGGUUGAGGCUGCGAACCCACUCUCCAGGCAGCUGGUGUCCCUGGCCACAGAUGGUCUCCUGCCAGCCAGCCUCGCCCACCAGUGUUCCCGAACCACCUCCUACGCCCACGCCCACCUAGUGGGCGGCACACUGGCCGCCCUUCUUGCUCUGCUCUUUAGCCACGUCCUCGUUCUUCAGGUGCUGGCCACGUGCGCCCUCUGCCUGCACGUGGCUGUCGUUUUGGUAGUCAUGUAUCGCCGUCACCGCUGUUCCUAUGGCUCCCUGUGCUCCGUGGCCGCCACAGCAGCCUCCAGCAACCCUUACAGCAGCGCCCCCUACAGCUACCAGCGCGUCGCCCCUCCACACUCGCGACAGGAGAGGACCCUUCACUUUCUCAAGGAUGGGAUGCGGGUGUUACCUCAGAGAGUAAGAACUCAGCAGUUUGUCGCCGCCACCUCUCCGGACUCUGAAAGUGGUGUGAGUGGUCUGGAGACCGAGACACGCGACACUGCCCCACUCCUCAGUAACUCCCAAGACCAGCACUUGGACCCUCUCACUGACCCCGAGCAUCAGAGCAGCGAGGUCGUGGCCCGGGGGCAGGAAAUUCACUCUGGCAGUCGAGAGACAGCUGGGUCGGACUCUGAGUCGUCAGCGUCUGGGUACGGUACAGACACAGAAGCAGAGGACGACAUUGAUGCAGCAGUAGCAGAGUACCAGGAGAAGCUUAAGGUGGCCACACUAGACACAGGCGUGCCCCGUGCUCCGACAGUAGCCACGGCACGGCGGGCGUGUGUAGCCUUGGCUGCUCUUUUAACUACAGUAACUGUGGCAGCAGUCGUGGCCGUGUAUGGCUGGAGAGACGGACGCGACCAUCCAUUCCUGGUGGUGGUAUUGUCAACGUCCAUGUUGACAGCGCUCUUGUUGGUAGCACUACUCACCCGCCUGCCCACCCUUCGUGCCACCCAUAGUGCCUACUUCAGGAUACCUGCUGCACCGUGGCUCCCUGCAGCUGCCCUCCUCCUCAAUGUUAUCCUUUUAGUACAGGUCCUCCGGCACUCCUGGGUGAUCCUUGCUCUCUAUACUACAUUAGGUUUGGUAUGGUACUUUAUCUACGGUAUGCGUCACAGCGCCCUGGCCACCCAAGAGGUUAUAAACCACCGUGGUCCAGCCUCCGAGGUCAUAUGUCUUGAGCCCCUCUCACCCCCGGCUUUCACUCCAACCCUCUUGCAGGCGUCACCGCAGCUGCUGCAUCACCCCUCCGGCAUGCCCACACUACAAACCUUCACCAGGCUCACCCAGGUGGACACGGUCCUCAUCACCAGGUGAAACUCCGGGAGAACGAAAUUUUUUCUUCCUGGAGUUUGGGGCGGAUCCCAGAAGAUCAUAACUGCUUGAAGACCGGUGGCAGAAAGAGUACUCCGGCUGAUUCCAUAAGGCACAAGCAGUAAUAAGCGAAACUUUAAACAGUGUAAACUUUCUUGAUAUAGUAGAAGUUUCACGUGUGAUCCCAGCGGAUGAUGCGUGCAGUGUUAGUUUCACUAGGGUAACGCCGCCGCGUCUAGUCUUGGGUUUGGACUAGGUGUGGAAAAUCUACAUAAUCUUGCUCCCAACCCCCCUCACCAGUGCUUUAUAUCAAAGUUGACAGUUUCCUCGUUAACGUUGUGCUAGUAGUUUCCUGCAAGCAUGAUUAACGUGGGAUGAUCUACAACGUUUAUUCGUCCAGAUACGUUGUAUACAUAAUCGGCAGUGAAGUAUAUUUAAUAUACUUCAUUUUAUAGAGGACAUUAGAUAUGCUCUACUAAUAUAUAUAUAUAUAUAUAUACUUUAUUUAAAGACAAUACAUUGACAAAAAUAUUACUGUAAAUCAAUAUACAAUAUAUUUACACAAUUUAUUGUAUUUAAUAUACAGUAUAUCUGAAGUUUAACGAACCAAACUUUGAAGGAUUACCCUUGUAGGUUUAGUUUUUUUUUUUUUAAUUGUUACCGACAGACCAAUUAUUUGAAGUUUAGUAACUCCAAAAUAAUGAGGUCUGUUUUAUUUUGUUGAUUUGGGAAGGUUGACAGCGCUGUAUGACCUUUGUCGGUUUAGCGCUUUAUUAUAACUAGAUUCAGGUAGCAUAAAUAAGACUUGCACAGGAGUCAUUGUAGUUCUGGGAUCCUAGUCCUUGCACACCGCCUUCCACCUGUUUCACAAUUUUCUUUGUCUUGCUGAAGCACUAAAGUAAAUUACAUAUUAAAUUUGACAUGUUGAAAGAAUUAACUUAAUUUCCAUCACUAGGCUGGUUUAUAGUAGUAAUAGUGA